UCCGCGCCCAUAUUAAAUCAAAAUCAAAAAAAUAAAAAAGAACCCCCCAAAAAACAGUCACUUUACUCAUAUUCACCAACUUCUCCUCACUCCACUACUUCCGCCGCCGGCCACCGUACAUCCGCCAUGGACGACGGCGACAAAAGAGCCCUAGAUCUAGUCAAAGAAUUAGUCCACCGCUUACUCUCCACUUCUCCACCUCCCCCCAACCCCAAUUCCUUAAACCCUAACCCUAACCUCCCUUCAGAUCAACAGUUCCACCAAGCUUUAAGAUACGCUAUUCGCAUACUCUCCAGUCGAAUGACGCCUUCAAUUGCUGCCGAUGAGUCCGCAAUGGCUGAGUCCAUCAAGCGGCGGUUAGCUACUCAAGGUAAAUCCUCUGAUGCCCUCACUUUUGCUGAUGUUUAUUCCAAAUUCUCGUCGAAAACUGGACCUGGAAGUGUGAAAAACAAAUGGGCUGUUUUAUAUUUGCUUAAAACUGUCUCUGAAGAUCGUAAAAUUCAAAAACAUCAGUCUAAUAGUGUAGCUUCUAGUGGGUUUUUAAGCUCCGCAUUGUCGGGUGGGUUACCUGAAUUGGUUGGAAGUGAAUCGAAUCGUAAUUUGAAUAAUUUGAAGGGUAAAUUGGGGAAAAUAGAGAAGGGCUAUGUUGAUGGUAGUUUGAAUGAUGAAUUUAGGAAUUUGAAUUGUUUAGGGGAUAAUUCGAGGAGUUUGAGGGGUAGAGGUGAUGUAGGGAAGGGAUGGAGUGGAGGGGUUUUGAUGGUUUCUAAGGAUCCGGAGAACUUGCGUGACAUGGCGUAUAAGGAGUUUGUGGAUUUGUCGAAGGAAGAGAAUGAGGUAUCCGAGGAGGUUUUGGUGAGGGAUGUGUUGUAUGCUUGUCAAGGGAUCGAUGGGAAGUAUGUGAAGUAUGAUAAGAAUGCUGAUGGCUAUGUGUUGCCUGAUUGGAUGAAGGUUCCGAGGGCUACGAGGAGUGUAGUUAGGAGGCUUUGUGAGCUCGGCUGGUUGUUUAGGAAAGUUAAAGGGUAUAUCUCCGAGAGUAUGGAUCAGUUCCCUGCUCAAGAUGUAGGCACGGUUGGACAAGCGUUUUGUGCUGCGUUGCAGGAUGAGCUUUCGGAGUAUUAUAAAUUGUUGGCAGUGCUCGAAGGGCAGGCAAUGAAUCCGAUACCGUUGGGUUCAGGGGGUGCGUGUUCGGGAAAUUAUAUGUCUCUAAGAAGACUGUCGGUUUGGUUCGCUGAGCCGAUUGUGAAGAUGAGAUUGAUGGCUGUUUUAGUUGAUAACUGUAAGAGCUUGAAGGGUGGGGCUAUGGCUGGUGCAAUUCACAUGCAUGCUCAGCAUGGUGAUCCACUUGUCAACGAUUUCAUGAAAAGGUUAUUGCGUCGGGUGUGUUCGCCUCUUUUUGAGAUGGUGAGGAGAUGGGUACUUGAAGGAGAGCUUGAAGAUAUAUUUGCUGAGUUUUUCAUUGUGAGUCGAACUGUCAAAGACGAGUCCCUUUGGGGAGAAGGUUACCGCCUUCAUGCUUCCAUGCUUCCUGCUUUUAUUUCUCAAUCUCUUGCCAAACAGAUUUUAAGGACUGGCAAGUCAAUCAACUUUCUCAGAGUUUGUUGUGAUGAU